AUGCUAUAUGCCGACGAUGCCGGCAUUGUGUCGAAGUCCGCCGACGGCCUGGCGAGGAUGAUGACCAUUAUCGUGGAGGUGUUCCGGGAGUUCGGGCUGACGGUGUCGGAGAGGAAGACGGAGACCCUGGUGAUGCGGGUGAAGGAGAGACAGCGACCGCCGCCGCCGCCACCGCCGGUGCUGACCAUCGAAGCAGCGGGGCAAAGGUACGCACAGACGACCGAGUUCCGAUACCUGGGCGGCCUCGUCAACGAGCAGGGCGACCUUACCCGAGAGAUCAACCACAGGAGCAAAGCAGCGUGGGCGUGCAUUAAGCGAUACGCCACGGAGCUCUUCGACCGACCGGGAGCACCGUUUCGCCUCAAAGCCCGCCUGCUCCAGGCGGAGGCAGUGGAGGCACUGCUAUACGGCUGCAUGACAUGGUCCCCACGCCGCGGCCACUACUGGCUGCUGCAGACGACACACUACCGUCUGCUCCUGCGAGUUAUCGGCUACCGGCGCAAACGAGGCACCUACCGGCAGCUGUCAUACGCCCAGGCGCUGAAGAGGGUCGGCUGCCAGAGCGUGGAGGCCACUGUCCGUCAACGGUGCCUGCUCUUUGCGGGGGCCGUGGCAAGACA